AUGUCCGACCUACCUACCAAAGACGAUUUCUUCGCCCACGGCCUAUCAGUAUGUCCCUUACCGGAUGAUGACACUGACUGUCCCAUCUGCCUGGAGAAUUUUACAUCGGCACCUAGUACCCCAAACGGUGCCACCGACGAAGAUGCCGAAAGCUACGUACCCUUACAGAUGCCAUGCUGCAACAACGUCUUUUGUUACCGCUGCAUCAACACUUGGCUUAAUUCGGCGAACACGUGUCCGACCUGUCGUGUACGACUUUUUGAGGGACCAGAGUCAGAACCAGAACGAGAACCAUUCGAAUCAACUGACUCUGAAACAUAUGAUGAAGAAGACUUGGAUGAACUCAUGGAGUACUAUUCUGAAUGGGGGUACGUCACUGAUGAUUGA